AUGGCCGACAUCACGGAUCAGCAUGACCAGACUUCACCAAAUGACCUUGCCGAGUCGCACUCGGUAGGCAAUGGCAAUGGCGGCGCUCAGGAGAGCCGCGGUAUCAAGCGCGCGAGGCCGGCGCCCGGCGACGACGACGACGACGAUGACGAGAAGGGAGGACGCGAGCGUCGCAAGAUUGAGAUCAAGUUUAUCAGCGACAAGUCUCGGCGUCACAUUACCUUUUCUAAACGCAAAGCUGGUAUCAUGAAGAAGGUCAGUCACGUCGACGAGACCGCGCUGGGCGUUUUUCCCGCACGAAUCUGCGUUGUCCCGCGCGGCUUCACGGGAAAACAGAGCCCAGCGUUGGCGGGAGCCCGUCGCGCAUACGAACUGUCCGUGUUGACGGGAACUCAAGUCCUGUUACUCGUCGUCUCAGAGACCGGUCUUGUCUACACUUUCACAACUCCCAAGCUUCAGCCACUGGUUACCAAGGCUGAGGGCAAAAACCUGAUCCAGGCGUGUCUGAACGCUCCCGAGCCGUCUGGAAACGAGAAUGGUGUAGACGCGGCCGACCAGGUUGAGUCUCCCGAAGAGUCUGCGAGCAACCAACACCUUCCUCCACAGGGCAGUCGCCCUGGCAUGCCCCAGAACCCUCAUAUGCCACCUGGGUAUAACAUGCCUCCAAACAUCCCCAUGGACCCUCAACAAGCCAUGGCAUACCAGAGUUACGUGCAGAGAAAUCAGGGCUACGGCUCCGGCAUGCCCCAGCCUGGCAUGCCACCAAGCAGCCACCAUCAAUCAUGA